AUGAAACUGGAGCUACUGGCAACGCUUCAGGAUCCCUUUGCUGCUCAGAGUCAAAGAACACUGGAGUCCAAACUGGAGGCCCUGCAGUGCCACUUCACCUGGGAUCUGGACCCCAGCAGGUCCAAACUUCUCCACCUCAGGGACAAUCUGGAGGACAUCAGCACCGAGGAGGGAAACAGCUGGCUGGGUCAUAUUUACAAUCUGCAGGGGUUCAUUCAGUACAAGCUGGGGUUUAAAGAAGACGCCCAGCGUUUGUUCAGCAAGGCUGCAGAGGCCUUCUGCCAGUUGAGAAACGCAGAUGAAGGUCCCUGGUUAGUGGUGAACUAUGGGAACCUGGCUUGGCUGCACCACCACCUGGGAGAACAAGCAGAGAGUCAGGCUUACCUGUCAAAGGUUGAUGCCCUGAUCAAUAAAUACCCAUCUCCAUCCCAGGAUGAGCUCCAUCCAGAGAUCUGUGCUGAAAAAGCCUGGACCCUGAUGAAGUUCAGCGCAGAACAAAAGCAGCUGGCUGCAGAUUACUUUGAGAAAGCCAUCAGGAUGCAGCCAGGCAUGGUGGAGUGGAACACCAGCCAUGUCUUAGGGUUAGUGGCUUUGAAGCACAGUGAAACAGGGCUGGAGGCUGACAUCUUGGAGAAGAUGAGACUGGCCAAGGAAAACGAUCCAGAGAACUUGUACCUCGCUGUUCACUACCUUGAGAAAUGUGCUGAGAAUGGAGAAAGAAUUGAAGAUGAAGCACGUGAGUUAGCCAGAAAGGUUUUGAGAAAUCCUGUCAGCAGCUCCAGUGGUAUUAAACCAUUAUUACGGGUUUACAGACACUAUGUAUCUAUUGAUGAGGCCAUUGAUUUGGCAGAGGAGGCUCUGAAAAACCAUCCAGAUGAGCGUUAUCUGAAGAGAUGUGCUGCACUCUGCUACAAAUGGAAGAUCCUUUUCUUCAGGGACAGUCGCCCAAAGCAAAGCAUGAUAGACAGAGCAAUCAUUCUCCUUGAGGCGGUGAUUUCUCUUUACCCUCAUUCUUCACUUAUGAAGAAAUUAGACCUCGCAAAUAUUUAUGUAAAGUCAAAUAAAGACCAGGCUAAAGCUAAGCAGAUAUACAAAGAACUACUUAACCAUCAACUCCUAAAAAGUGAUGUGGAACCUGCAGACAAACAGUUGAUUCACAACCACUAUGCAAGGUAUUUAUACUUUCAGCGACAGGAUAGGAAGGGGUCAAUAAAGUAUCACAUUAAAGCAGCAGAAAUACCACACCGAUCCUCCGUGCGUGACAACAGCAUUACAGUUCUGAGGAAAAAUAAAGACAAAAGUGAAAUGUGCAGAGAAAUAGAAGAAUGUCUGGCAAACCUGCAAGAGCCAUAG